GUUGCGGUUUAAGCGCCUUGUUCAUCCGGAGGAGUUGCUGCUUUGCUCCUUUCGACUUUGAUUUCGCCUCUGCAAGCAUUGAUACUCUGAAGCUCUGAGUAGUGGAAGCCAUGUUUUCGUCUCUCUCAGCUCCUUCCUCACUCUCUUCUUCGUUGAUUUCUUCGUUCGUCGCCGACAAAGCACCUCCGGUCACCGGAUCUCUGAUUCCUCGUCGCGAUCUUAUUUCUGUUCGUGUCAAAGCUAGCUCAAGUCAGAAUGGUUCCGAUUAUUGUUUUCCGGAAAAGCUCAAAUCUUUUGCUAAAUCAGCAAUUCUCAUUGGCGCUGCUGUUUCCAUGACCGGAAAGUUCGCAACUUUACCGGUGAAAGCGGAGUCUCCGGUUACGACGACCGAAGAAACCUUCGAGGAAGUGAAAGACGAGAAAUUGUCUGAGAUCGAAACUUCUUCGCCAUUGUCUGAGCUUCUAGACUCUACUCCUGAAGCCGUCGAAACGCUCAGAUCACUCCUGCAGCAGAAGCUAGAGAAAGGAGAAGAUGAGGAAGCUCUCAAGCUACUAGAGAGGCUCGUAACGGCACAACCAGAGGAAACAGAGUGGAAGUUUUUGAUGGCGAGGCUAUUAGGAGAAAUGGGUCGCGUGGAAAACGCACGCCAAAUGUUCGAGGAAAUUCUCCGACAAAAGCCACUCUCGUUCGAGGCUUUAUUCGAGAACGCAUUGCUCAUGGACAGGUCCGGGGAAGGAAAUGCAGUGCUGCAGAGGCUGGAAGAUGCGUUAGCUGUUGCCGAGGCUGAGUAUUUGGUGAAGGAAGCGAGAGACGUGAGACUGAUCAUUGCACAGAUACAUUUCUUGCAGAAGAACGUGGAUGAAGCAUUGAAGAGCUACGAGCAGCUAACAAGAGAGGAUCCGAAGGAUUUCAGACCUUAUUUUUGUCGAGGUAUGAUCUAUAGCUUGCUUGACAAGAACGUCGAAGCCAAGGAACAGUUUGCUAAGUACAGAGAGCUUUCUCCAAAGAAGUUUGAAGUAGAAGGGUACUUGAGAACUCCAUUAUCUAAAAUGAAGCUUUUUGGUGGUGGUGAUGACAACUGAGUUAGUCAGAUAGGUCUCAUAGUAUCAUAUCUGAGGAAUAAGACACGGAAGAUUAGAUGUUUUCCUGAGAAAUUAUGUUGGAAUUUUGCGAUGUAGAACUUUGAAAGUCAUCCAUUUUUGGAUCUUGUUUUGUUUA